GCUGCGUCUCCGGUCACCGUAGCAACAGGACGCAUUGAGCCAGAGCCCAGCGGUGUACGCACUGUGCUUUAAUCUGCCACCACGUCCUCAUGCCUUUACUGGUCACAGACUACUCAUGGACCCAGACAGAGUCCAUGGUUUACAUCAACGUGCCCCUGAAAGGAGCGAAAGCUGCCAACGUGGACAUUCUGUCGACGGACAAAUACCUAAAGGUGCAUUUCCCUCCAUACCUAUUUGAAGCGUUCCUUUUUGAGCCUGUUGAUGAUCAAAGGAGCACAGCGAAGGUUGGGAAUGGAGCUGUAGUUUUCAGUUUGCCAAAGAGGACAAACAAUGUCUGGGAGCAUCUGAUGGUCACAACAAAUGAUAAAGAGAAAAAGAAAGAGAUCAGACAUGAGGCUCUACUUCAGCACCAGGACAGACUUUCCUCAGAGUCCAGAUCCAAGGCAGACAAAAAACAGUCAGAGAAAAAGUUCACACUGGAGACAAUGAUGAAGCUGGAAGAGGAGGAAAAGGAGGGCAUUCAGAAAAUGAAAGACGCUGAGCGAGAGAAAACCACGGCAGAGCUGGCAGCAUGGCAGGGCCAGAAAGCAAGAGCAGAAGAAGAAGCCAGAGUCCGUCAGAGCCAAACAACGGCCCCGAGGGAGAAGCAGAAAGAUCGAAGAGGCAGGAAACAACAGGCAGGACUUCCUGCACCAAGACCCUCUGGAAACAUUCACAUCACAUUCACUCCAAGAGUUUUUCCAACUGCCCUCAGGGAAUCCAGAGUCCACGAGGAGGAGGAGUGGCUUAAAAAGCAAGCUGAAGCCAGACAGGCAGGAAGUACAGACCCAGACGAGCUGAAGGAGCUAAAGGACCUAGCGGAGGAGCACAGGGACCCAGACUGGUUGAAGGAUAAAGGAGACAAAUACUUUGCAGCGGGGGCCUACCAGAGUGCCGUGAACGCCUACAGCCUGGGCAUCAGGCUCAACCGGAGGAUCCCAGCGCUGUUUUCAAACCGUGCCGCCUGUCACCUCAAGUUACGGAACUUUCACAAGGCCAUUGAGGACUCGUCCCAGGCACUGGACCUGUUAACGCCACCAGUCGCUGCCAACGCAGCUGCCAGAGCCAGAGCCAGUGUCCGCCGAGGAUCUGCCUUCUGCCAACUCCAGCUCUACGCAGAAGGGCUGCAGGACUAUCAGACCGCUCUCAGGAUCGAGCCUCACAAUGAAGCACUGAAGGCAGACAUGCAGAAAAUAAGGAGCAUCAUUCAAGGACCUGCAGCCAACCCUGGCACCAAACAUUUGUAGCUCUGAUUUUCCCUGAGGUCUAAUAAAGGACAAAACUAAGA